CCCGAAUGCGAAAUACGAUUGAUCCGCGGGUUGGGUGUGAUUCGCUGGAUUUGGUCUCAGCCACUGAGCUGAAGGACGUCUAGCUGUCGGUCGCGACCGCUGGCCGGCUGACGUAAACCAGUGAGCAGUUGAGCAUAAAUACGCCUAGCCAUGUCCUGCUGCCGUCUAGCGCGAUCUCUUGGGCUUCAAGCGGCCGAAGGCUUGAGAUCGGAAGCCGGAAACUCAACGAUACUGACCCCUAUAACAAACAAUGGCGGACCUCGGGGACGACAGCAGGCUUCGCUACUCUGACGAGCCGCCAGAGGACCUCACCUCCAUCCAAGACACGGCGCCUCUCCUAGAAAUCGAGGUGGACGACACGGUCGUGGGCGCCUCAGAUGCCGAGGACGACGAUGAAAACGACAGGGGCCUCCCCGGGGCCACCAAGGGACGGGCGCACGCACGCCCGUGGCGGCGGCACCGCUGGUACCAAGUGCGGUCGCCGCGCGCCGUGGUGGCCACGGUGGCGCUCAUGCUGUUCGUCAUGGUGCUCGGCGUCGUGGUCCUGCUGAUCCCGCUGGCACGCCUGAUCGAGGACGACCUGUGCCGCCGGCACUACGGAACCUCGGCGCCGGUCCCCGAGGAGAAGUGCAAGGUCGACGAGGUGCAGAUGCGCCUGGCCUGGCUCGGGGGCUGGGCCGGCGUCGUGAAUGCGAUAACCGAGCUGGUUGUUUCGUUUCCAUGGGGUUUGCUUGCGGACCGCUUUGGACGCAAGCCGAUCCUGUGGGCAUCGUUUGCCGGCAUCCUCAUGUCCAUCUGCUGGAGCUGCUUCGUCAUCAGCCGGCCGGACCUGAUGCCCGUCGAGCUCACCCUAUUAGGGACUCUGUUUGCCGUGUUUGGCGGAGGUCCCGCAACUGCUGUGACGGUCAUCCACGCCAUCAUCGCUGACGUGGCGACGGACAAAGCUUCGGCCUUCAUGUGGACGUCCAUAGGCGCCAUCGGCGGCGUGGUCAUCGGGCCCGCCCUGGCCGCGCACAUGAUGGAGUCUGCCUCCUCCCCGUGGGUGCCUGUCCGCGCGGCCUGCACGGCCCUGGUUCCGAUCCUUGUUGCCCUUGUGAUCCUCCCAGAAACAAGGCCCGCCGGGGGCACGGCCGAAGCGGGCACUUCGAGCGACACUAUUAUGAAGGAGGGCUUUUGGAAGAUGCUUCGCGCCCAGCUCUCCGAAUCCUUGUCGAGCCUGCGCUCCUCGGUCCACAUGCUGCGCAGGGCGUCCAUCCUCUGCGUCAUGCCGUCCUUCUUCGUGACGCAGCCCGUGACGACGGUCCAGGGCGCCACGCUGGGACUGACGUUCAGCAAGAAAUUCGGUUGGAAGAUGGCCCAACUUGGCUAUUUCUUCAGUGCCCGGGGUCUGCUAACAAUCCUCGUCCUGGCCCUGCUCCCCCUGCUGAUCAAGUCCCGCAGCAAGGACGGCGGUGGCGGCGGCAGCGGCGGCGGCGUCGGCGUCGGCCGGGACCUCCACCUCGCGCGCGCCUCCAUGCUCUUCAUGGCGCUCGCCAACCUGCUCACGGGCCUCGGGCUCGAGGCCGUCCCGCUGCUGGCGGCGGGCCAGCUGGCGCUCACGCUCUCGGUCGGGUCCGGCAGCCUGUCGCGGUCGCUGCUGGCGGGGCUGGCGGGCGGGCCCGACCAGACGGCGCGCCUGUACGCGCUCGCGGGCAUGGUCGAGACGGUCGGGUCGCUGGUCGCGGGGCCGACGCUACCGUGGGCGUUUGCCGUGGGCGUGCGCGCCGGCGGGGCCUGGAUGGGCAUCCCGUUCUGGCUCGUGGCCGUGCUCUGCGCCCUGGCCCUCGCGGCGCUGCUGUGUGUGCGCCGAGACGAGCCCGGCGGGGGUUGUGGUGCCGGCGAUCAGGAGCGCGCUGAAGAAGGGGUGGCGGGUAGGGGGAGCGACGCUGAGGAGUCCGAGGUGCGCCCGUAGACAUUUUGACUUGUGGAAUCACAUAUGACUUUAGCAACCAUCUCAG